AAGAAUGAUUUCAGCCCUGAUAUUAUUAAAAAGAAACAAAUAUUAAACAGCCGGCGAUUUUUGUUUGCUAUGAGAAAAGCUUAUGAGCAGAUAAUUUCCUGUAUCAUCUAUAAAUACCCAUCAUUCAUCUUCCGCUCAACCAAGCAAUAAAUUAGUGAAGGGAAGUAUCCGAAAUCACCAUGAAAGUUUUUCGCUUCGUUGCAGUAAUGUCUUCUCUAUUGGCAGCCAUAGCAGUUUCCUUUGUCUCUGCAUCAGACCCUAGUCCUCUACAGGACUUCUGUGUGGGUACCAAUGAGCCAUCGAAUAUCGGUAUGCAUUGGUCUUAUCAUCGUAUCAGGAAUUCAGUGUUUGUGAAUGGAAAAUUCUGCAAAGAUCCAAAACUGGCGACUGCAGAUGAUUUUUUCUUUUCAGGCCUUACAAAGCCUGGAAAUACUACGAAUCGAGUUGGUUCAAAUGUCACAACUGUUAAUGUCAACCAGAUUUCAGGACUGAACACUCUUGGCAUAUCCAUUGUUCGUGUUGACUAUGCCCCUGGUGGCCAGAACCCACCUCAUACUCAUCCCCGUGGUACGGAAAUCCUAGUGGUCUUGGAAGGGACAUUGUACGUUGGAUUUGUGGCAUCUAACCAAAAUAACAAUACUCUCUUUACUAAAAUUUUGAAUCCUGGUGACGUUUUCGUGUUCCCGGUAGGAUUGAUCCAUUUUCAGUUCAAUAUUGGAAAGAUAAAGGCUGUUGCUUUUGCUGCUUUAAGCAGCCAAAAUCCAGGAGUUAUCACGAUUGCAAAUUCAGUUUUCGGGUCCAAUCCACCCAUCGACCCUCAUGUCCUCACCAAAGCAUUCCAAUUAGACAUGAAUGUGAUAAAGUUUCUGCAAUCAGUGUUCUGAUAAAGGUUAGAGAAACCGGAAUAAUUCAUUAAGCUCACUUGCGAUAGUGGUAUGUUUUUCGGAUGAAGUCUAUGGUGUAUGCCAUUAUUGUAUAAAGAGGUUGAUAGUGACCUCUCUGUGUUUGGUUUUGGAUAUUAUGCAAUAGUUCCUUUAUAUAUGUAUUUAUGAG